GGGGCCGUCGGGGUGCGCAGGGCGCGGUGCCAGGCCGGGUUCUCCCACCGAGGUGGUGGCGAAAGGCGCGUUCCUCCCCAAAAACGCUCUCCUUGGAAUGCCGGCGCCGCCGGAAAAGGGGCUCUCGGAGCAGUGCUGGGUUUGAGCAUCGCUCCCAAACUCCUGCCACGCUCCUAUUGCAAAAUCUGCAGUUGAAAAGAAACAAUUUUUAAAUAAGAGAAUGGAUGGAGAAGAGAAAACAUACGGUGGGUGUGAGGGCCCAGAUGCUAUGUAUGUAAAGUUAAUAUCCUCUGAUGGCCACGAGUUCAUUGUAAAAAGAGAGCAUGCAUUAACAUCAGGAACAAUAAAAGCUAUGUUGAGUGGACCAGGUCAGUUUGCAGAAAAUGAAACAAAUGAGGUCAAUUUUAGAGAGAUCCCAUCCCAUGUCCUAUCCAAAGUAUGCAUGUAUUUCACCUACAAGGUCCGCUAUACUAACAGCUCUACGGAGAUUCCUGAAUUCCCAAUUGCACCUGAAAUUGCACUGGAACUUCUGAUGGCUGCAAACUUCUUAGAUUGUUAAAUAAAAUAAAUUAUAAUAAAAAAUGUAAAACUUUUUUCAGUAUUUAAUACAUGUAGUUCAGUUAGUAACUUUUUUCAGAUAGCAUGUUGCGUGUGUGCUGUUGAGAACUGUAAAGUUCACUGCAGAGGCAAUUGCCUUCAGUUCUUUUGCAUAUAGCAAUCAUUCAGUUGGAGUUUGUUUUGCUGCUUACACAAAUAAGGACCUUUUCACAAACUGAGACAAAUAAACAAAUAUGCCAAUUA